ACAGGUUUUUUGAUAAGGUACAUUUUUUUAUUUAAAAAAUUAAUACAUAGCACUAGCAAAGAGUUUGUCCCACUGUAGGGAAGUUAUAUACAAUAUUACACUAUUACAGCAUCAAGAAACAGCCCAAUUCAAACAAAUCUUGAAAAAGAAAGAGACACCAAAUUAUGAAAAAGAGAGCUCUGACAUAGAAAAUGAUUCAGAAAUUACGGAGACACUGAGUAACCCCAGCCAAAAACUCAUGUUAAGCUCCCAAGAAACUGACACACAAGAAACUAACACACAAGAAACAUACAAUGAUUUUGAGACACUGGAGAAAAACGAUAAUUUUGAGCAACAAGAAAUUGGUAACGCUAGAAUCAAUUUGAAAUCUCAAGUCUCAAAAAUAAAGGAAAAAUGUUUCCAAAUGUUUGGUGAAAAUGGUGAAGCAAUCACUGAUCCAGCUCAAUUUAAAAAGCUUUGUAAUGAUGCAGGGGCAACAACAAUUUUUGAAACGAUAGUAGAAGCUAUGUCAACUGCCAGACAAACAGCUGAAAGAAAAAAAUUGAUUGAAAAAAGGGCUGUUUCAAUUAUAUACAGCCUUGUCUACGGUCAGUCGCAAAGGGCUAAUUGGUUUCAAGUGGCAACUGCCAGGACUCUAAGAGGCUUUGGGGUUACAAGUAAGGGCAUGGAAACCCUCCAUAAUAUGGGUUUUACAGCACACCCACGCACAGUAAUUAAUACUAAUGAAGGCAUUGCUGCAAAUCAUAGCAAAACUGUGAAUGAUUUUUUUAAAAAUGCAGCAGAAAAGGGUCAUAUGGUGGUAAUUUUUAUAGAUGACUACCAUAAUAUCCAUGCUAAUCGACGUGCCACUACUUCUGCAACAUCACAAGUCACCCACAUGGCAACACUUCUUUUGAAGUCAUUCCCAAGUGUUGAAGCAAUUAGCCAUGCAACCUUUCCAGUCAAUGAUAUAAAGCCAGCAAACUUUGAGAACUUGAAAAGUGUUCUUGACAAUAACAUUGAUUUUUUAUCAAAGAGCUAUGUCAGUGUAAUGCCAGACUGGAUGAAAGCAGAGUUUUUUGACCCUGAAUCAGAAAGGCAUAGGUUGUUUAUCCAUGAUUACCAAAGAAUGACACAGCUAAGAUCUAUGGAUAACUGCAAGCUAGUUGACUCAAUAGAGAUGCCACUAAAAUCAUAUGACAAUUUUCGUACUGCUUUGGCCAUACUGCUUGAAAAUGGUUUGUCAUCAUACCUUCAAAGAUAUGUUGUUCCUCUUGUUGGUGAUUGGCCUGCUCAGUUCUUUGUUCGUCAAGUUGUGUAUAACAAAGAUGAUACAUUAUCUCAUCAAUGUAGCAAUAUUGUUCCUUUCAUAGGCCCAUUGCAUAUUUCAUUAAAUUCAAGAGAAAUUGUCUUCAUAAAAUUUCAUGCUUUCUUUGCUGAGCUGUAUUCAUUUUUGUUUGACACUAAAAAUCCAUUAUCCAAAAAGCCUAAGCCAUACAUAAUUUCAUUCUUGUUGGAAGUGCUAUAUGGUGGUUGGACAUUGGUUAGGGAUGAGAUCAUUGCUGCCUUUCCAAAUUGUAAAGAUAUUGAAUAUCUUACAUUACUCAAUCUCCUUGACACUUACAUUCCUAUGACACUCAGUAUUUACUCAUUGGUAUUCAAAAGUAAUAUGGCAACUGAGUAUUAUCAGUCUUUAUUUCGUUGCUGGGUAAUGUUUCUUGUGUUCAGGAGAAGACAUUAUGACAAGGCUCCUUUGAUAGCUCUUUCCAACAUUGAGUACUGGAAAUUGGUUGGGCAUCCAAUCAUCAUUCCAAUUUCCUCCUCUCUUCCAGCUUUUGAUGAAUACCCUGUUGAAAAUUUCCACUCGUUAUUAAGGGCUAGGACCACAGAAACUGAUAAUGCUGACAAAAUAUCACACAAGGCAAAAGAAAUUGAUGCACUGAAGCAUGAGCUCCAUGACUUUGGAACAACAUUUGUGCCACCAAGGAGGCCAACAUAUAGUCAAAAGAGCAUUGACAAUUUAAAGGUUAAGGCAGCAGAAUUUCUUACAGCAAAGUUUGCCAAAGUAAGCUCUAAUAUGGGACAAGCAACAAAAAUUACCAAAACAACAGAAGGACGAAAGACAAAAGAAACAAAAUGGAGGCUACCAAACUUAUUUGGGCAGAAAGUUGUAGGUGAUGAGUUGCUUCCUACUGGCUACAUGUGUGAGACAAAUGCUCCAAAUCCAAAUCGAAAAUGCGAUAAAGAGGAAUGCAAGAAAUUAUACCCCACCUGGCGCGUAUUUAGCUGUGGCCACUCCUUUCACGUGCAAUGUCUUCUGCCUGCACUCAGCACAUGUUUCAUUUGCAAAAAAAUGCUGUCAGAGAAAUUACAGAUGCUCAGCGACAAAAUUAACCAUUCUGUUUUCGACACAAAUGGCCGUGGUGAAGCAUCAAAUGAUGGAACCAACUUUUCCAGUGCAGAGAAUGAGGACGGUGCUGAGGACCACGAUGUUCCUGGUAAUCUCGAAGGAUACAGUGGCGACACUGCUGAAGCAAGCGACGACGAAGAACGAGCUGGGCGUGUAGAGGCCCUCAUCUACAAGAUAGCCAACUGGAGACGACCUAUCCCAAAAAUGCACUAGCCAUUUGUUCGACCAUUCUUUACCGGUUUUUGCUGAUUCCAACACUGUUCGAGUAUUUUAACUAGCUAAUUUAAAUUCCGUCUUGAUUAUAUCAGAAGUCAGAAAGUCCAACGAUUCCCGUACUAGGUAGCAGCAGCUGCUCAAAAGGCAUCCACCAAAAAAGUUUUUCCUUGAAAAUUAAUCGCUAUGCCAUAAAAAGAUGAGUUGCCUGUUAGCUAGGUAUAAAACUGGCUUUUCGUCUAAACUUGCCGCCAAUUUGUCGCAGAGACCAACUACCAUCUCGAGUGGACUUCGUAAUAACUUAGAGGCUUUCUAAUUUGCAUAAUCACGCCACGAUGGAGAUCCCCUUCCCUCGCAUUGGUGCCUUGGAUUUGGGCAGUCCCUCAAUUUCCGCAUCAGAGGGCCGUAUUUUUGAUGGACCGUAAGGGUCAUUAACAUAAAUGGAAAAAAGACACGUAUUAGCUACAGGACAUUUGUAAAAUUGAUCGCAGAGACGAGAUUUCUAGACCUAUUACUUAAAAUUUGGUCUUGUAGGAAGCUGGAUAGAAUGGGCCUAGCCCCCCCGAGAGAUAGGAAAAGUUCAACCUAAGAUUUUAGGAAUACUACGUCGAGUUAACUCAAAAGCAGCGGUAGUUUUUUAGUAAAUUUAAUAAACAUUGUAUAUUUUUAUUUUUCGCUGAUUUUAUUUAAUGUAUAUUUUCGUGGCGGCCCAAAAUUCCAGUAGUGGUUUCCCUCCACAGCUAAGGGUGUUUUCGUGACAAAUGUAAACAAACCAUGCAAGAUUCGCGGGAUCUGAUUGGCUAUCGAAUUUGGUAAACAAAGCAUCUUAUUGGACGAAAACGAAAUUCCGCUAUGCUUAGCCCGUUAUCAAAUUAGUAUAUUUAUGUCAUAAUUCAUUCUUAAAACCUCAUGCAAUGUAUGGCAGAAUGGGGAAUUAUAUUGGAAGCAAAAAGGGGCUUGUCCCCUGAAAAACAAUUUAAAUCACGCUUUUUGGAAAUUCAAAAAAAUGCCGAAAUUUAAUGUCUUUUCUUUUCACAAUUUGCUUUGGGAAGAAGAUUCUCAGUCAAACUGAUUGUAAUUGAAACUCUGAACGGGUGGCAAAAUAUUUAGGUGUCAAAUGAUGUUAAGUGGUUUGCAGAUUUUGAAAGUUAGACCAAAGCCCAAAGCCUUAAGCCAUUUUUCAGAAAAAUCUUCGGACAGUCGCUAUAUUAUUUUGUAAUACUCGCAGCGAAUUCGCAUAAAAAUUUCUGCCAGUGUAAAUUGAACUUCGAAUUCGCUUCGCGCGAAAAAUUCGUCUUAACUUUUAACCCGGUUUUGUUUUAACCCGGGCUCGUCUAGAAAGCAAGAUGGCAGCCUCAAAGUCAAGUGAUGAGGAAGUUAACAACGAUCAAGAUUUGGCCUUCGUGGCAAACAUGGGAAAAUUAAUAGAGCACAAUGCCCUUGGCAUAUCUUUAGCCAUUGGUUACCGUGUAGGACUGAUUGAAGUUCUUGCAAAUCUUGACGAACCCAAGACUUCGAUUGAAAUUGCUGACAAAGCUGGCCUAAAUGAGAGAUAUGUUAGAGAAUGGUUGGCAAUCUUGGCAGUUGCAAAGGUGAUAAAUGUUGACAAAGAGACUAAUACCUAUUUCCUUCCAAGGAACCGUAGGAAAUUUCUAAACAGCCCUUAUACCAGAUUCAACUUUGAAGUAUUCUUCACAAUGUUCCCACCAAUUAUACCUCAGUUAGAAACAUGUUUUAGUAAGGGUGGAGGCAUAUCAUAUGAUAGCUAUGCUGGAUUCCAUGCGUGGAUGGACUCAUUGUCAUCGUAUGGCCACAAGAUGACAUUGUUACAACAUCACAUACCAUCAAUAGAAGGCUUGCAUGAGAAGCUGGAGUCAGGUAUAUGUUGCCUGGAUGUAGGAUGUGGGAUGGGAAGCCCAGGGCUGUUAUUAGCAAAAGAGUAUCCAAAAAGUCAAUUCUAUGGUUUUGACUUAUCUGAAGAGGCAAUAACUCAUGCUAAAGAAGAGGCAGAUAAAUUGGGAUUGCAAAAUAUUAAUUUCUUGGUGAAAGACUGUGCAAAGUUUUAUCCAGAAUAUGAGGAAAUGUUUGACUACAUAUCAGCCCAUGAUGCAAUCCAUGAUCAAGCAUAUCCAGCUGCUGUUUUGUCAUCCAUUUUCAAGAUGAUGAAAAAGGGUGGGAUUUUCUCAAUGAUUGAUGUUGAGGCACACAGUCAUCCUGCUGACAAUAUAGAUGUUUCAAAAGCAACUUUGAAGUAUACCUAUAGUCUUAUGCAUUGCAUGCCUGUCAGUCUUUAUUUUGAAGGUGGAGCUGGCCUGGGUACUUGCUGGGGAAGGGAGCUGGCUACACAAAUGCUGAAAGAAGCAGG